AUGUGUUCAUAUCUCUUUGUUAAACAUUGGAUACUACUAUUUAUGAAUUUCAUGGUAACUUAUCAACAAACUACUCACUUUAAAAAUGAUCAACCUAUUCCUGUGAAUCAGAAUAAUGUUUUGAUUCCACAUGAACAACAAGUUUACAGGUACAUCAUGAACAAUUAUGAGUCAUCUGUAAGACCGUUGAAAAACAUAUCCGAAAAGUUAACAGUGGAGAUACGUAUACGUUUACAACAAAUCAGUGGUUUGGAUGAGCGCAAUCAAGUAUUGACAACUAUACUAUUCCUUGAGCAGAUAUGGGAAGAUGAGUAUUUAAAAUGGAAUGAACCGGAAUUCGGGAAUGUAAGAACUUUGCGUGUACCAGCUGAGCAAGUAUGGACUCCAGAUACUUAUGUAUUUAAUAAUGCUGAUCAUACAAAUUCUGGUUUUUUAGAAGGUGUCUAUGUUUUAAUUCAUAGUUCUGGUAAAAUAUCAUGGCCAAUUCCAGUUCAAUUAAAAACAUCAUGUAAAGUUGAUAUUACAUUAUUUCCAUUUGAUCAUCAAUAUUGUGAAAUACAAUUUGGAUCAUGGAUGUAUACAUCUGAUUGGAUUAAAUAUAAAUUUCAAACAAAUCAAUACAAUAAAUCAAUAAUAAUGAAAAAUUGGAAAUACUCUACAAAAUUAUUAUCUCCUUUAGUAUCAUUAUUGUCAAAUACGUCGAAUCAACAUUUAAGUAUAGAAAGAAGAGAUCAUGACGAACCAAGACAAGAUGAUGUUGAUAAUAAUAAUAAUAAUAAUAAUUUUGAGGAAGAUUAUCUGACUAGAAAUGCAUUGGAUACAUCAUCUUAUUGGGAUAGUACAGAUUGGAUGCUAAAACAUGCUAUAUUAUCUUAUACUCAUCGAUCUACUGAUAUAUUGACUGUUUGGAAACCAACCACAAGUAUAUUAAACAUUCAAUUUCAUGAUAAAAAAUUAGAUACUAGACAAACUGACUUAGUAUUGAAAUUAUACUUACAAAGAAGAAGUUUUUUCUACGUUUGGAAUAUUGUUAUACCAUGUAUACUAUUAACAUUGCUUACAUUAAUCACAUUUUGGACACCGAUUAAUUCAGGUGAAAAAAUUACUUUGGGUUUAUCAGUAUUUUUAGCAUUUUCUAUGUUUAUGAUGUUGAUAGCUGAACGUGUACCGCCAACAGCCAAAAAUAUUCCACUUAUAGGAGUAUAUAUGACUUCAGUAAUGUCAAUAACAACUGGAACAGUUGUUGUGUGUGUAAUUGUCAUUAAUUUAGACGCCAAAGGUGAGAAGCUAUCACGUGCACCAAAAUGGUUGCGUCGUAUCACACAGUUUAGUUUAUUUCAAUUAUUCUACAAGGAAAAUUAUUGUAAUGUGAAUGAAUCAGCAGCUGUUUCAUCGUUAAUAGAGAAAUUUUCAAAUUUAAAUUUGGUUCAAGAAAAAAAAUUGUUAGAAAUUAAUUCUCAAAUCAAACUACUUACAAAAUUAAACGAUUUACUUUUAAUCAAUAAAAGUUUAAACAAAGAAAUUAGAUCUAUCUGUUAUAAUUAUUUAAAGAAAUCAUAUUUAAUGAAUGAAUUUUCAUUGAAUGAAACUUCUUCCAGUCCUAUCUAUUAUCAUAAUAUUAUUGUAAAUGAAUCUAAUCAUCAUGGAACUUUAACAGAUUUAUCAAAAAUAAAACCAUCAUCAACUAUUCAAAGUACAACAUUGAAUAGAACCAAUAUAAGUCCUCAGAUUCAUAAAGCGUAUAAAGUUUAUUCUUCUAUAAAACAGGAUUGUUUACUGAAAAAUGAUCUAUCAUCAUUAUCAUCAUCAUCAUCAUCAUCAUCAUCAUCAUCAUCAUCAUCAUCAUCAUCAUCAUCAUCAUCAUCAUCAUCAUCAAUACUAAAUCCUACUACUUGUAAUGUUCAUAGUAAUAAUGACCAUUCUCCAAGUGUAUAUAAAUUGAAUUUUAAAAGUCAUGAAGAUGUUAGAAAUGAAUUAAUUAAAUAUGAAUGGAAGGUGAUAGCUAAAAUAAUAGAUAGAUUAUUAUUUAUUACUUUUGUUGUUAUCACAUUAAUUUGUUAUAUAACCAUUUUUUUAUGGCCUUUAAUAUCUGGUUCUACUAUUUUAUAUCGAAAAAAUUAUUAAGUCAAGAUUAGCUGUUACCUACUUACUUACUUACUUACUUACUUACUUACGCAUGUUACUUCUCGUGAAGGAGUAUAGGCGACCCACUAGAAUUCUCUAUUCAACCCUGUCCUGGGAAAUCCUUUUCACUUCUUUUCGAUCGCUAUUCAUCCUUUUCACAUCUACUUCUAUUUCACGUUGUAAUGUGUACUUUAGCCUUCCUCUUUUCCACUUCCCUUCAGAAUUCUAAGUACGGGCUUGCCUCGUGGUGCAGUUUCGUGAUUUUUGUAAUGUAUGUCCUAUCCAUUUCCAACGUCUUUUCCUAAUUUCCUCUUCAGCUCGAAGCCGGUUUGUUCUGUGUCACAGAAUCGUGUUGCUGAUGGUAUCCGGCCAAUGGAUGUUGAGUAUCUUGCGUACACAACCAUUGAUAAAUACAUGUACCUUCUUGAUGAUGGUUGUAGUAGUUCUCCAAGUUUCAGCUCCGUACAGUAGGUCUGUUUUGACGUUCGUGUUUAAGAUUGUGACUUUGAUAGUGGUUGACAGUUGUUUUGAGUUCCAUAUAUUCUUCAAUUGUAGGAAUGCUGCCCUUGCCUUUCUAAUCCUCGCCUUUACGUUUUCAUCCGAUCCUGCUUGUUCAUCGGUGAUGCGUCCCAGAUACGUGAAAGAUUUCACAUCUUCCGGAGUUUCACCAUCAAGUGUGAUUGGGUUGGUAUUCUCGAUGUUGUAUUUGAGGAUGUUGCUUUUUCCUUUGUGUAUGUCGAGGUCUACUGAUGCAGGGGCUGCUGCUACACUAGUUGUAUUCAUCUGCAUUUGUUCGUGUGUAUGGGUUAGGAGGCCUAGGUCAUCUCUGAAAUCCUAAUCGUCUAAUUAGUUAUGAUAUGUCCAUUGUAUUCCGUGCUUUCCCUCAAAUGUUGAGGCCUUCAUAAUCCAGUCAACCACCAGAAGAAAGAGGAAAGAGGAGAGUAGACAGCUUUGUCUGACUCCGGUUCUUACUUGGAAUGGAUCUGUCAACUGUCCUCCAUGCCCGACUAUGCACUGUAGUCUGUCGUAUUAACUAUUAACAAUUUAACCUUUGUGAUCAUAUUAUUAUUAUCUCUUUCAUAUGUAAUUAACUAUUUCAAGUGAUAUUACAGUUUUCGAGAUGGUGGAGAAGUUUUGUAGCUCAAGCUGAUGAUUUUGAUGGAGCUCGGAGAACAAAACUCCAUCAAAAUUACAGUUUUCUUCCCUAUCAUCAUAUGAAAUUAGAUGUUCAGACUAAUACUUCUUCUUCAAAAUUCUAAUUGUAACAUCGAUUUUCAUUAAUGAUUGAAUUCUAUUCUUAUUCAGUCUAUAUUGUUACAUAAUUUUUAACUCUGCAAUAUCUCAAUUCUUCAGAGAUUUAUUAUAUUGUUAAAGGAGUCAAACAUACUGUUUUUAUAUUGUCUGCUUGAAACACCGGUCUUUAAUAUUUUACGUCUCAUGUUAAGUCAUUCUUGAUUGUACUUAUUUUGCGGUUCACAUACCUUCUCUACCGUGCGUCAAUUCACUUCGCUUCUCCGAUAUUUUGUCUGGAUCAACAAUUGUAUGAAAUAUACGUAUUCAAAAAUUC